AUGAAACCUGCGAAUGUUACGACGGAAAACGCAAAUAUUACGUGCGAAAACACGUGGCAUUGCUGGAAAAAACAGCGACUCGAAGCGAAAGCAGUUAAAUACUCCGUCAGCGAUUUUGUAAGUGUCAGUAGAGCGAAAGUCGCCUUUGCGAAGGGAUACGAGGCCAAGUGGAGCGAAGAGAUAUUUCGAAUUCAUCGUGUUCUCGAGUGGCGAAAUCCGCGCGUUUACGAACUGAGUGAUUUAGCGGAUGAAGUUGAAAACGGAAUUUUCUACGUGCAAGACCUGUUUCCUGUUGUUAAAAAUCUACAAGAAGAAACUUUCAUCGUUGAUUGGGUGAUAAAGAGCAAAGAUCGGAGAUGUAAUAGGCAACUGCUAGUCAGUUGGCAGAGUUAUCCGUCUAAAUUCGACUUGUGGAUUCCGAGUUUAACAACGCUUUCACAACAAGGCGACGACAAUGAUGAUGACAAUGGAGAAACACUUUUUCGUAGUUUUCCCGAGCAAUAG